ACAAAAAGAGAUAACCGGAUAGAACAGGCGUGAACCGCGCGACCCCGCAGUUCCCGACCGUUGCGUCGCGCCGCCGCAGGCCGCAGCACAUCCUCCGCUCGCCGGCGGCCGCCCGUUCGCCCGCCAUGGCCACCGCCAACGCUCACCACCUGCUCGUAUUGCCUCACCGCCUUGCUCCGAUACGGCACAACAGCAGCUGCUCGCCGUUGCUCCACCCGGCCUCCCGCUGCUCCGUCACGGGGAGGCCGCCCGUCCAGCUCCAAGCGACGCCGGCGAGGGCAGAGAGGGCGGCCAAGUUCGCCGCGCGCGUUGCGUUCAACCCCUCCGGCAACUUCGACCUCUCCCUCUCCAUGGAACAAGACGAUACCCCACAAGUCCAACCUCCGCCUCCGCCUACAGAAGGCCGCUUUGAAAUCGUCAUCAACAAGGACAUCAUCCGAGCACUCGACCUAUCGCCUGUUCAAGAGGCACUUGGUGACUUGAGUUCCUUAACGGCAGCUGAUGCAAGAAACCUGUUGGAUCGAACUGUUGGCUUCACCAUAAACUACGAGAGGGAGGAUGAGUACGAUACGCGGGAGCUGUCAGAGUUCCCUGACAUACGGCUAUGGUUUGUGAGGCUUGAUGCUGCUUACCCUUGGUUCCCAGUUGUGCUUGACUGGAGAGCUGGUGAGCUCGCCAGAUAUGCUGCGAUGCUUGUCCCUCACCAGAUGAGCAUGCGGCUGGGCGUCGUCUUCAACCCGGAGGCACUGGAGCUGUUUGUGAUGAAGAAAGUGUUUGCUGUGGACGCGUGGCUUAAGCAGCAGAACCAUCCCAAGCCGAGGUUGAAGACGGCAGACAUGGGCAGGAUGCUCGGCUACGGUAUAGGAGAUGAGUUGUUCGACUUGAUCGAGAAGUACCCCGUUCAUCGUUCGUAAUUCAAAAGAAUUCACAACACUGAAAAGAAUAGGGACCCGACGGUUAUAAAAAGAAUAAGGUCCAACACAGAAUAUACAGGAAGAUCAAGGUGCAAGAUUGUACAGAGAUCAACAUUUGUACGUUUGGUUCGAGGAGCCUUUUGAUCCUGUCGUGUUGCUCAUAGUGUUUUUGCUUUUUUACACUUAUUCUCAGUAGUAGCAGGAGGUACCUGCAAACGAGGGCCGGUGCCCGUGCUCUUGCGACCACGAGGCUCUCCAAACUUGUCUCUUGUUUAGAAGCAUCCAGUUCAGAAGCCUCUGCUAAAAUUGUUUAUUGUAGCAAUAGAAAAAAUUAUUCACUAUA